AGAACCAUUUCCAUUAUCAUCUAGUCCGGAGGAAAGUCACCAAAACAUUAUUCAUUUUCAGGCCACGUAAAAAACAGAGAGCUCACAAGAAAUAAAAUCAUGGGUCGUCGAAAGACAAUAAAACUGAGAUACCUUGUCGGCGCAAUCAAGGACAAGGCCUCCCAAGGCAAAGCCGCCAUCCUCUCCAGACAGAACACGCUCUCCCUCCUACGCGCCACCACGCACGACCCCCACGCGCCACCGAACCCCAAGCACCUGGCUGCCGUUCUCUCCCUCGGUCGCUCCUCACGCGUCGCUGCCUCCGCCGCCGUGGAGGCCCUCAUGGACCGUCUCCAGUCCACCGGCGACGCUUACGUGGCACUCAAAUGCCUCGUCGCCGCCCACCACAUGGCAAACCGCGGUGGCUUCAUCCUCCAAGACCAGCUCUCCGUCUUCCCCACGUACGGCGGUCGGAACUACCUUAACCUCUCCAAAUUCCGCGACUCCUCGUCUCACGUGACCUGGCAACUCUCCACGUGGGUCCGGUGGUACGGCGAGUACGUCGAGAAUCUCCUCGUCGCCUCCCGAGUUCUCGGCUUCUUUCUUGGGGCCGAGAAAUUGGGCGGAGAUUUUGGGGAGGAGCGAGUCUCGGCCAUCUUGAACGCCGAGUUGAUUCGCGAGACGGAGUCGCUGGUGGGUUUGCUCGAGCAGAUUUGCAAACAGCCCGAGAUUUUGGUCGCGAGUGCUAAUAAGCUAGUUGACGAGAUCGUCCGCUUGGUCGGAGACGACUGUUUAUCGGCGAUAAAUGAGAUUUCGGCCCGAGUCACUGAGUUUGGGGAGCGGCUGAGUUGUCUGAGUUUCGUUGACUCAGUUGAGUUGGCUUGCGCGUUGAAGAGGCUUGAGGAUUGCAAAGAGAGGCUUCAGUUAUUGUAUUUUGCAAAGAAGGACAUGAAUGAUGGCUUUUGGAGUGUGGUUGGUGAGAUUAAGGAGAGAGUUUGGAUGGAGACAGAGGCGAAAGAAGGGAAGUUGGUCGUGAAUAUUAGGAAGGACAAAGGGACUGAGUCAGCUCGGUUUGGGGAGCGAGUUGUGAGGCCUGAUGACUCGGUCCGAUUUGGAUCGGGAAGAUUGGCGGUGAGUUAUUGCAGAUUCUCUAAUGAGCCCAUGGAAUCGUGUGCUUGAUAGAUAAGUUUAAGGAAAUUAUGUUGUAAAAAAAUAUACAUGUAUACAGAAUUCAGUUUUUUCCUGGGGAAUUAUUAUCUGUUUUAAUUUUUCUCCAUAAUUGAUUGCGAAUUGCGAUUAACU